UAAAGAUCUAAAAUCCUUCUCACCCUGCUCCUAUUAGUUUCGCCUCUUUACUCUGCUGAGAUAUUAAAAAAAUAUGAUUGUUCUAUUGUUGAUUUCUAAUUUUCUUAUUGCCUACUCAAAUAAAUUUGAUGGCUCUCCAUCAAUUGGAGAUCAAAUUUGGCAAUCUCCAAGUCAAAAGAGCCCUUCAAUCUUGGAAUCUUUUGAUAAUAUUAUCCAUACUAACGUUGGCAAUUCUAUAACCGAUUGUGCAUUUAUGUGUAUUGAAUGGGCAAAUUGUACUGGCUUUUCUUUUGAAGCUAAUUGUUCAAAGUGCGUUAUUUAUGAAAAGUUUUUAAAUUUAAACGAAUCUUUAGAAAGAAAUAUCAGAUAUUUUGAAUUUGAGCUAUUUGGCAGAAAACAACAAAAACCAGGUAUCAAUGGAGCAUUUUACGAUAGUACUGAAAAUAAAUAUUUUCUUAUUAGCGGUAAUGCUGUGUUAGUUUAUAAUAACUGGACAGACUUUCAAACUGGUCCUACGUCCAGAAAACAUAUAAAUAAAUUUUUCACAAACUGGGGAACAUUUGGAACUGAUGGUCUACUGGUUAGGCAAAUGUUUUCGUCAUAUAUUUAUUUCAUUUUUAAGGGGGAGUUUUCAUAUUCUUUCAAUAAAUUUUCCAAUUUUCCCGCCUUCAAGGCGUUUAGUGGAACCAAUGGGGCAAAUAUUAAAUAUACUCUUGGUAAUCAUGUGCCACAGGGACCAGGGGCAAUGCUUGAAAGAAUGACCUGUAAAUUUUGCUCUGAACCCAACAAACCAUUCCUUACUGCCUACUUCUUUAAAGGAUCCUAUAUAUACGAGGUAUGGUCUGAGACUUGGAUGUCGUGGCUCGCAAAGGGCACUAGCUAUCAUAUAAAUGAUACAAAAAAUGAGCAUUUUCCUGGAAUUAUUCCUGAUUCUACAGCAGCUUUGACACUGGCUGACAAUGAAAAUUCAACAAUUUUUUUUAAAGGAAAUGACUAUUAUUUCUACGAUAUGGAUUUAAAAACGCUUUCAUACUUAGGGAAAGUUAACCUUUGUUAGAUUGAUUAGGUAUUUCUAACCUCUGUCUGUUUGUCUCUCUCUCUCUCUCUCUCUCUUCGUUUUGUGUACUAUGUCA